GUUUUAGAUUUUUUAACCUUUUAUGAUUAAAUAUAAAUUGGACCAAGGCACAUGCGGUAGCCUCGGCCUCUCUCACCAUGAGUGGAGGGAAGCUUCGCUGAAUCUCGAAUCACUGCCCGAGUGCGAGCCACCUCCUCCCCCAACUGAAACAUCUGCAUCAAACAGGAAAAGCCAAUAAUGCCCCUUUGGUUGUCUUUGUUACCGGCGGAUAUAUCGGUAUCCGCUAUCUCGUCCACCGUGGCUGCCGCCACGGUCACUGCCGCAACCUUCUUCUUAGUCUGCAAGUCUCACCUCUGCUCUCACAAAGAAAACCUCAUAACACUCCAUCAAGAACAACCGAAGCGCAAUCCACGUGGCAAGAUCCUGUUCGUUUCGCCAAUGGGACUUUCAACUUCGGAAGGCCUCUGCAAUUUGUUAGAGUCGAAAGGCCUCGUAUUGGAGGUCGUAGAUGCUCGGAAUUAUGAUCCCGAAGAUCUACCCGAGGAGAACCUCAUCCUCCUCGUUCAUUCAACUUCGGAUUUUUGCUACCAACAUCACCGACUGUGGGCCUACAAAGAGGACGACAUCAAAGGAGCAAAGGACUUCGCCAGUUGGCUCGUUCAUAACGCGGAGCGCUUUGGGAUCGCAGCGGUUGUUGUGAAGGCUUGCAAUUUCACUGCAUUUGUCGUGGGCAAAAGGGAUGGUAAGAAUUUGAUGGCUAAGGCCACCAAUCAUUUUAGGGAUUUGGAUCACGUUCAAAACGGUAAUCAUUUUGAAGGGUGGUGGGGAAGUGUUGUUGCGACGGUUUCAGGAGAUACGGUUGCUAAUGGCAUGUGCGGGGAAUCUGAACCUGAGGAUGAUGUUGGUUGUUCUGAUCCAAAAAGCAUAUAUAUGUUGGUGGAAAAUGUGGAUGUAGUAGAUAGUAAAAGAACCUUCAGGCGCAGGAUGUUAACUAUUACCGAGGCCAACUUUAUGAAGAAUGGAAGUGUUGAUCUUGAAGAUGGAGGUCCUGUGACUGCCCAAUGGCCUGUUGGAGACGAUCUAAUAAUCGAUUCCAACUUACCAACUUUUCAAGGAUUUUGUUCCCUUGGUGGUAGCUUGUUCAUUGCUGGUGGUAUCAUGUGUAACAAUGGAGCAAAAUUUGAAUUUGAGCUAAAAUUGGAACAUUUUUUCCCUGCAAAAAUGUGGUGCCUCAAGUAUGACGGUUCAACCUGGAUUUGGAGUUUAUGCGGAAGCAUGUUCUACCACCGGAUGAAUCCCACAGUAGUCCCAUACCAUGGCAAGUUGUGCAUCUUUGGGGGUGACAUUGGAAAUGGAUAUUGGGUUGAAAUCUAUGAUCCAAAAUCAGAUUUAUGGGAAAAAAGGGAAGUGUCCGAUUAUAAGUACGUAAGCCAGACUCCUAAAUCUUACUUUUUGUGGGAGGACAGAACGGAGCCUCGUAAAAAGACCCUCAUUAUGUUUUAUUUUUCUUCUGGCAAUAAUCAGUGGCUCAACUCAUAUGACUUCGAGGCCAACCUUUGGAAAUCCCUUUACUGCAAUUUACCGCCAAUUCGUGAUUGUUGUCCUAGGAAACUAAUUCGUUUGGCAUGUAGUAAUUAUCUCCUCAUUGUUGACUCUGCCGAUAUGUGGUACAUUUAUGACUUUUCUAAGAGGAAUCUAGUGGCAGAUGUGCGCGUCAAUGGUUUGGAAGAGCUGACUGGACGGGUGUCAUAUGUUUUCUGUUGCCACUGCACCAGCGAAGAAAGUCUGAUUUAUGUCUUCAUGGAACUAGAUGAAAAGGUUGUUGAAGAACAUGGUGGUGAUCCUGACCUUAUUCCUUAUGCUAGAGUCAAGCUCCAAAUUAAUGGUAACUUUUCUGCCAAGGUUGAAUCCAAGGGUAAUCUUAAAGUUGGUCCUUAUAACAAACUCUAUAUGUUUGCUGUUGGUGACCAAGACACUAAAUUAAAUGGAGGAUUGUAGCUUAGUUUUGACUUUUGUGCAUCAUACUGGUAUGGUGACAUCAUUCAUUUUUUGGAGGAGCGGCCAAGGACCCCAUACAUUGAAAAGCCUAAUUGCUAAGUGUAAGAUUUAGACUUUAGAAUACAAUUUAGAUAGGAUGCUUGAUCCAAGUUUAAGACCGAGUUUUUGGGUAUUUAGCUAGAAUUGAGACUAUUCAACAAUUUUUCUAAUUUCACACCCAUUUUAUAUUAUUAUUAUUUUUUGUUUUCAAUUAGAUUGGGACGAUAGUCAAAUUUUGAGACUUCUGAAAUAAUUAGCUAGUAUUCAGAACAUUCAUAGGUGGAACCAGCAUCGGCUUGGUGGCAAUAAUUUUAAAGGUUUGUGUAGGGGUAGGGAUCUUCAUCCGGAACUUGUUUGUUGCGUCGGAGUGGAAGAGGGAAGAUAUAGGUGGGGUUGGAUGUUAAUAAAUAAGCCUUGUCCUUUGAAUGCUCUUUGGGCAACUUAUGUUGAACACUCCUUUUUCUUUGGAUUAUUGAUGAUGAACAAAUUUCUCUUUAUUUGAUCGAUCCAUUUGUUGUUUCACAAAUCAGUAUUAUUUUGA